UUGGCUCGGCUCGCUCGGUUCCGGGGUGCGCGGCGCGGGUCCGCCAGGCUGUGGCUACAAGGCCGCGGCGGGGCGCGAGCGCCGCAGGUGACCGGGGCUGGGAGCUGCGUGCGCGGGCGGUGGCUGAGGAGCUGGAGGCGGGCCCUCGCUCUCGGCCCAGGCUCUACGGGCUGAGGAGACGAGGCGAGCCAAGGGCUCGGGGCAUCCACUUGACAGCCGGCGGCGCUCGCGGCCCUCAGCAUGUUCCGCGAGGCGAGAGUUUUCCUCCCGCCUGUGGGCUGAGGCGGCGGCGGCGGCCCCCGAAACGAGAUGCACCUGACGGGCGCGGCUUAGAGGACGCGGCAGGCGGGAAGUCCCGGCCGCCAGCGGGAGGGCUUUCGUUGCCGGGCCGCCGCCGCCUCCCGCCGCCGCCGCGGGCCCGAGCGGGAGCGGCGGGUGGGCGCCCCGACAUGGCGGCCCGGAGCGCCCCGAGCUGCCACCUGCGGCUCGAGUGGGUGUACGGCUACCGGGGCCACCAGUGCCGCAACAACCUCUACUACACUGCGGCCAAGGAGAUCGUAUACUUCGUGGCGGGGGUCGGCGUGGUGUACAGCCCGCGGGAGCACAGGCAGAAGUUCUACCGGGGCCACAGCGACGACAUCAUCAGCCUUGCAUUGCACCCUGAACGAGUGUUGGUAGCAACAGGACAAGUUGGGAAAGAGCCUUAUAUUUGUAUUUGGGAUUCAUACACUGUGCAGACCAUAUCAGUUUUAAAGGAUGUUCAUACACAUGGUAUAGCUUGCUUGGCGUUUGACUUAGAUGGACAGCGCCUGGUUUCAGUUGGACUUGAUUCAAAGAAUGCAGUUUGUGUUUGGGACUGGAAAAGGGGAAAAAUGUUGUCUAUGGCUCCUGGUCAUACAGAUAGAAUAUUUGAUAUUUCUUGGGAUUUGUACCAGCCAAAUAAACUUGUCAGCUGUGGUGUAAAACAUAUCAAGUUCUGGAGUUUAUGUGGAAAUGCUCUGACCCCAAAACGAGGUGUCUUUGGUAAGACGGGUGACCUUCAGACAAUACUGUGCCUAGCCUGUGCAAAGGAUGAAUUAACAUAUUCUGGUGCACUCAAUGGGGAUAUAUAUGUGUGGAAAGGAAUCAAUCUUAUACGAACAAUACAAGGAGCCCAUGCUGCAGGAAUUUUUAGCAUGAAUGCUUGUGAAGAAGGCUUUGCUACUGGUGGCAGAGAUGGUUGUAUUCGUCUUUGGGAUUUAACUUUUAAACCAAUUACUGUGAUUGAUCUCAGGGAAACAGACCAGGGAUACAAAGGUUUGUCUGUAAGGAGUGUGUGCUGGCGAGGUGACCACAUUCUAGUUGGAACACAGGACAGUGAAAUUUUUGAAAUUGUGGUGCAAGAAAGGAAUAAACCUUUUCUAAUUAUGCAAGGACAUUGUGAAGGUGAACUUUGGGCACUUGCUGUCCAUCCUACUAAACCUUUGGCUGUGACUGGAAGUGAUGAUCGUUCAGUCAGGAUAUGGAGCCUAGCAGAUCAUGCAUUAAUAGCAAGGUGUAAUAUGGAAGAACCAAUUCGUUGUGCAGCUGUCAAUGCAGAUGGAAUCCAUCUUGCCCUUGGAAUGAAGGAUGGCUCAUUCACUGUACUUAGAGUAAGAGAUAUGACGGAAGUUGUACAUAUUAAAGAUAGGAAGGAGGCAAUUCAUGAGUUAAAAUAUUCACCAGAUGGAACUUACCUUGCUGUUGGAUGCAAUGACAGCUCGGUUGAUAUUUAUGGAGUUGCUCAGCGUUAUAAAAAAGUUGGCGAGUGUUUGGGAUCCCUUAGUUUCAUCACUCAUCUGGACUGGUCUUCAGACAGUAGAUAUUUGCAGACAAAUGAUGGAAAUGGGAAAAGACUUUUUUAUAGAAUGCCAGGAGGAAAAGAAGUGACAAGUACGGAAGAAAUAAAAGGUGUUCAUUGGGCUUCAUGGACAUGUGUUUCAGGCCUUGAAGUAAAUGGAAUUUGGCCCAAGUAUUCAGAUAUCAACGAUAUAAAUUCAGUAGAUGGAAAUUAUAUUGGCCAAGUUUUAGUUACAGCUGAUGACUAUGGAAUUAUAAAAUUAUUCCGAUAUCCAUGUUUAAGAAAAGGGGCCAAGUUUAGAAAAUAUAUUGGCCAUUCAGCUCACGUAACUAAUGUCAGAUGGUCACAUGAUUAUCAGUGGGUUAUUUCUAUUGGUGGAGCAGAUCACUCUGUCUUUCAGUGGAAAUUUAUUCCUGAAAGAAAACUGAAAGAUGCUGUUCACAUAGCACCCCAAGAAAGUCUGGCUGACUCUCAUAGUGAUGAAUCAGAUUCAGAUCUGUCUGAUGUUCCAGAACUGGAUUCUGAAAUUGAACAAGAGACACAGCUCACCUACCGUCGACAGGUUUACAAAGAAGAUCUACCUCAGCUUAAAGAACAAUGCAAAGAGAAACAAAAAAGUGCUACUUCUAAAAGAAGAGAGCGGGCUCCAGGAAAUAGUAUUCGAUUACACUUUGUUCACGGUUACAGAGGUUAUGACUGUCGAAGUAAUCUGUUUUAUACUCAAAUUGGUGAAAUUGUGUACCAUGUGGCAGCAGUGGGUGUCAUUUAUAAUCGACAGCAAAACACACAGCGUUUUUAUCUGGGUCAUGAUGAUGAUAUUCUCUGCCUAACUAUUCAUCCUUUGAAAGACUACGUGGCAACAGGCCAGGUUGGUAGAGAUCCCUCAAUUCACAUAUGGGAUACAGAGACCAUUAAACCAUUGUCCAUAUUAAAGGGCCACCACCAAUAUGGUGUUAGUGCCAUUGAUUUCUCAGCGGAUGGGAAACGUUUGGCAUCAGUUGGCAUAGAUGAUAGCCAUACUAUUGUGCUGUGGGACUGGAAGAAAGGAGAGAAACUUUCAAUAGCAAGAGGAAGUAAAGAUAAGAUUUUUGCUGUAAAGAUGAACCCCUAUGUGCCUGAUAAACUAAUUACAGCUGGAAUUAAACACAUGAAAUUUUGGCGUAAAGCAGGGGGAGGAUUGAUUGGAAGAAAAGGCUACAUAGGCACACUGGGGAAAAAUGACACAAUGAUGUGUGCAGUGUAUGGAUGGACUGAAGAGAUGGCUUUUUCUGGAACAUCCACAGGAGAUGUGUGUAUCUGGAGAGACAUCUUUCUUGUAAAAACAGUGAAAGCGCAUGAUGGGCCAGUGUUCAGUAUGCAUGCAUUGGAAAAAGGGUUUGUAACUGGAGGAAAAGAUGGUAUAGUAGCUCUUUGGGAUGACUCUUUUGAAAGAUGUCUCAAGACCUAUGCUAUAAAAAGAGCUGCAUUGGCCCCAGGAUCUAAAGGUCUUCUCUUGGAAGAUAAUCCAUCUAUACGUGCCAUAUCAUUAGGACAUGGUCAUAUUUUAGUUGGCACAAAGAAUGGUGAAAUACUAGAAGUGGAUAAAAGUGGCCCAAUAACACUUCUGGUUCAGGGACACAUGGAAGGAGAGGUGUGGGGUUUGGCUACACACCCUUAUCUGCCCAUCUGUGCUACUGUAAGCGAGGAUAAAACCUUAAGAAUAUGGGAUCUCUCUCCUAGUCAUUGUAUGUUGGCUGUCCGGAAGCUGAAAAAGGAUAUUACGUAUUCAGGAAACCCAUCUCACAUGUGGAGACACACAUAGGCUCAAAAUAAAGGGAUGGAGGAAGAUCUACCAAGCAAAUGGAAAACAAAAAAAGGCAGGGGUUGCAAUCCUAGUCUCUGAUGAAACAGACUUUAAACCAACAAAGAUCAAAAGAGACAAAGAAGGCCAUUACAUAAUGGUAAAGGGAUCAAUUCAACAAGAAGAGCUAACUAUCCUAAAUAUAUAUGCACCCAAUACAGGUGCACCCAGAUUCAUAAAGCAAGUCCUGAGUGACCUACAAAGAGACUUAGACUCCCACACAUUAAUAAUGGGAGACUUUAACACCCCACCGUCAACAUUAGACAGAUUAACGAGACAGAAAGUUAACAAGGAUACCCAGAAAUUGAACUCAGCUCUGCACGAAGCGGACCUAAUAGACAUCUACAGAACUCUCCACCCCAAAUCAACAGAAUAUACAUUUUUUUCAGCACCACACCACACCUAUUCCAAAAUUGACCACAUAGUUGGAAGUAAAGCACUCCUCAGCAAAUGUAAAAGAACAGAAAUUAUAACAAACUGUCUCUCAGAUCACAGUGCAAUCAAACUAGAAUUCAGGAUUAAGAAACUCACUCAAAACCGCUCAACUACAUGGAAACUGAACAACCUGCUCUUAAAUGACUACUGAGUAUGUAACGAAAUGAAGGCAGAAAUAAAGAUGUUCUUUGAAACCAACGAGAACCAAGACACAACGUACCAGAAUCUCUGGGACACAUUCAAAGCAGUGUGUAGAGGGAAAUUUAUAGCACUAAAUGCCCACAAGAGAAAGCAGGAAAGAUCCAAAAUGGACACCCUAACAUCACAAUUAAAAGAACUAGAAAAGCAAGAGCAAACACAUUCAAAAGCUAGCAGAAGGCAAGAAAUAAAUCAGAGCAGAACUGAAGGAAAUGGAGACACAAAAAACCCUUCAAAAAAUUAAUGAAUCCAGGAGUUGGUUUUUUGAAAAGAUCAACAAAACUGAUAGACCGCUAGCAAGACUAAUAAAGAAGAAAAGAGAGAAGAAUCAAAUAGACGCAAUAAAAAAUGAUAAAGGGGAUAUCACCACCAAUCCCACAGAAAUACAAACUACCAUCAGAGAAUACUACAAACACCUCUACUCAAAUAAACUAGAAAAUCUAGAAGAAAUGGAUAAAUUCCUGGACACAUACACCCUCCCAAGACUAAACCAGGAAGAAGUUGAAUCUCUGAAUAGACCAAUAACAGGCUCUGAAAUUGUGGCAAUAAUCAAUAGCUUACCAACAAAAAAAAGUCCAGGACCAGAUGGAUUCACAGCCAAAUUCUACCAGAGGUACAAGGAGGAGCUGGUACCAUUCCUUCUGAAACUAUUCCAAUCAAUAGAAAAAGAGGGAAUCCUCCCUAACUCAUUUUAUGAGGCCAGCAUCAUCCUGAUACCAAAGCCUGGCAGAGACACAACCAAAAAAGAGAAUUUUAGCCCAAUAUCCUUGAUGAACAAUGAUGCAAAAAUCCUCAAUAAAAUACUGGCAAACUGAAUCCAGCAGCAUAUCAAAAAGCUUACCCACCAUGAUCAAGUGGGCUUCAUCCCUGGGAUGCAAGGCUGAUUCAAAAUUUGCAAAUCCAUAAAUGUAAUCCAGCAUAUAAACAGAACCAAAGACAAAAACCACAUGAUUAUCUCAAUAGAUGCAGAAAAGGCCUUUGACAAAAUUCAACAACCCUUCAUGCUAAAAACUCUCAAUAAACUAGGUGCUGAUGGAAUGUAUCUCAAAAUAAUAAGAGCUAUCUAUGACAAACCUACAGUCAAUAUCAUACUAAAUGGGCAAAAACUGGAAGCAUUCCCUUUGAAAACCAGCACAAGACAGGGAUGCCCUCUCUCACCACUCCUAUUCAACAUAGUGUUGGAAGUUCUGGCCAGGGCAAUUAGGCAGGAGAAGGAAAUCAAGGGUAUUCAAUUAGGAAAAGAGGAAGUCAAAUUGUCCCUGUUUGCAGAUGACAUGACUGUGUAUCUAGAAACCCCAUUGUCUCAGCCCAAAAUCUCCUUAAGCUGAUAAGCAACUUCAGCAAAGUCUCAGGAUACAAAAUCAAUGUACUAAAAUCAGAAGCAUUCUUAUACACCAAUAACAGACAAACAGCCAAAUCAUGAGUGAACUCCCAUUCACAAUUGCUUCAAAGAGAAUAAAAUACCUAGGAAUCCAACUUACAAGGGAUAUGAAGGACCUCUUCAAGGAGAACUACAAACCACUGCUCAAUGAAAUAAAAGAGGAUACAAACAAAUGGAAGAACAUUCCAUGCUUAUGGGUAGGAAGAAUCAAUAUCAUGAAAAUGGCCAUACUGCCCAAGGUAAUUUAUAGAUUCAAUGCCAUCCCCAUCAAGCUACCAAUGACUUUCUUCACAGAAUUGGAAAAAACUAUUUUAAAGUUCAUAUGGAACCAAAAAAGAGCCCGCAUCGCCAAGUCAAUCCUAAGCCAAAAGAACAAAGCUGGAGGCAUCACACUACCUGACUUCAAACUAUACUACAAGGCUACAGUAACCAAAACAGCACGGUACUGGUACCAAAACAGAGAUAUAGAUCAAUGGAACAGAACAGAGCCCUCAGAAAUAAUGCUGCGUAUCUACAACCAUCUGAUGUUUGACAAACCUGACAAAAACAAGAAAUGGGGAAAGGAUUCCCUAUUUAAUAAAUGGUGCUGGGAAAACUGGCUAGCCAUAUGUAGAAAACUGAAACUGGAUCCCUUUCUUACACCUUAUACAAAAAUUAAUUCAAAAUGGAUUAACGACUUAAAUGUUAGACCUAAAACCAUAAAAAUCCUACAAGAAAACCUAGGCAAUACCAUUCAGGAUAUAGGCAUGGGCAAGGACUUCAUGUCUAAAACACCAAAAGCAAUGGCAACAAAAUCCAAAAUUGACAAAUGGGAUCUAAUUAAACUAAAGAGCUUCUACACAGCAAAAGAAACUACCAUCAGAGUGAACAGGCAACCUACAAAAUGGGAGAAAAUUUUCGCAACCUACUCAUCUGACAAAGGGCUAAUAUCCAGAAUCUACAAUGAACUCCAACAGAUUUACAAGAAAAAAACAAACAACCCCAUCAAAAAGUGGGCAAAGAA